UAGCAAAAAUACAUGAGUUUGAUUUAACUUGUUUAGACUGUCGUGUUUUACAUUACCGAAAAGGCGCAACUUCGUGCAUUAAAUGUGACUACACUGUUUUAACGAGCCUGUGUGCUGUCUAAUAGCCAAGCGUCCUCGUAGCUUGCCUGAGGCUUUCCAUAAGGCGUGUAAAAACACUUAGAUUUUUGAGGAUGAAUUUGGUCAAAACCAGGUCUUUGCACCCUCACCUGCGCGACGAAGAAGCUCUGGUGGUGGAAAACGCCAUCCGGCUGGCGAUAGACUCGAUAAUAAACGUGCUAUACGGCGUCAACAGUGCCAGGACUCAUGAGUACCAGCGGAUGGUGGUAGACAGGGACAAAGAGAUCCAGCGGCUGGAGUGCAGGCUGACGGAGAUCGAGCAGGAGCUGCAGGUGCUGCACCGGCAGGGAUGCACCUGCGGGCUGCUGGGAAACGAGCACAGCCUGGUGGGGUCACAGACCUCCGGUGAGAGGCAGGAGGGAGAGCAGAGGGGUUUCCAGACGGGCUGCAUUGACACCGAGAUGCCAGCAGGGCAGCAGGAGUGUGAAAUGAGCAUCUCCUUAGGUCUUUUUGCAAGACCCCACUCACACGUCUCCUCCCAAAGCCAUGAGUCAGCUCUCCCUUCAUCCCCGAGCAGAAUGGGUCUGGACCAGACCUGCACCUCCCACUCCUCAGAUACUUCGAGCGUAUCAGAGGUAGUCAGGAAUCUGCCAAAGUCUCCCAGCAGCAUCAUUGUCAAAGAAGAGCCAUGUGAUAUCGACACAGUUUUAAUCAAGUGGGAAAUGAGUGAGGAGAGAUACGAGGAUCAUCAGGAAAGCGCAGAUCCAGAAAACGUGGAGAACAGAGAGAGAGAAAGAUUGAGGGAGAAACCUCAAGCAGACCCAGGCGGACUCCGAAUGGCUGAGGGAGAACACCUGAGGAACAAGAAGAAGAGCGUCCCGAUGUCUGAGUUGCCAGAAGAGGCCCAGAGACUGAAGAGAGCAGCCUGGCGAGCGGCUUCCAGACGUUAUUAUGCCCGAAAAAUAGCCCGUCAGCAGACAAACCCCUUGCGCCCUGGCGCCUUUCCCCACAUCAUAGACUCUCAGUAUUCACAACCCAUCUCUUUUGUGGAUAAGAGGAGGAGGACACUAAUAUCCGAGUUACCUCAAGAGACUCAGACGUUGCAGAGGGAGGCGUGGAGAGCGGCAUCCAGGAGGUACUACGCACGAAAAAUGGCUCGCCACCAGACAGAGCCAACACAGUAUGGACACCUUAUCCAGAACAUGGAGACACCUGAGGAAACACAGGGACCUAACAGAGGAGGAUCCCACACCAGCAGUGAAGGAAUUAUGUGCAGCUGAUAAAAUGAUGCUGAGGCUGAGGUCAUGCAGGGUUUUCUAUUGAGCAUAUUUAAAGGUUCAUUUCAUCGUGUUAUGUAGAACACUGGACUGUGUGAAUGUUCGAUUUUGUAAUAUUUUCAGUUUAUGUGUACUGAUGAUAUUGAGAUUUCUCUCAUGUCUGCUCAUGAUAGUUUGAUCCCUGUGCUUUAAAUGAUUAUUGGUGUUUCUUCAUAGUUGAAUUACACAGCUAAACUUCACUGCAUUCACAUCACUUUAGCUCUAAAUUAUCAUCAUUUUUUAAUUUUCAUCACAUCCUUCUUUUCUGUUCUUAAUUACAUGCCUGUACAAAAUGCUUAUUGCAAAUGAAGAUUGAAGACAUGUCAUCUGAGGCAAUGUAAAGCUGUUGCACAGCAUUACUCAUUUAACAGCUACUGUGUCAAUGCAGCGCCCCCCGAGUACAGUGUCUGUAACUACAAUCAAAGCAUCUAUAAUUGUCAAAUUAUGAGCUCAACAUCUUUUGUGUUUCUGGUAGAUGAAUGACCAGCUGAAGUUUUAAUGGUAAGACUUUAAAAUGUGUCUUUUGUUCUUUUUUUCUUCUCCGAACAUAAUAAUAAAAACAAUAUGAUUAAAAUGCUGCUGUGGUAUUGUUCUCUUGUAAUCAAAGGAUGUUUUCAUGUAUUCUCCCUUGAUCAUUAAAUUGAGACAGUUUAAUCUUCCGUUUUUUAUCAGUAUGCAUUGAAGUGUCUGCAGCGCAUG